CCCUCAGCCAGAGUCGCGAGUGGCGGAGUACGUGCAAAAUGUAGGUCCACUGGAUCGUUCCAGAUUCUCCCAAUAAAAUCGUGAAAAUCCGUUGAUAAUCGAUCUGAAAACAAUCGCAUCGGGCGCCUCUCGUGUUAAUCGCAUGCAGUUCAUUGAAAACGGUGUAGAUUUCUAGCGGUAAGUUCCCGCAAAAAGUGACUAACCACUUGAAGAAAGUGUUCGACUUUUCACUUCGGCUCCUAGGAUUACACACACAAGCUCGGGCUCCGCUUCGGAUAGAUAGUGGAAAAGGGUGUUUUGGUGCACCUGCGGCGGGGGUGGAAGGUGUGUGCAAAGUGUGUGCGAGUGCCGUGAGUUCUCAUUCGAGCCGCGGCGGGAAUCGAAUUUCGUUGAAUAAAAUGCGCUGAACGGUGCACUCAUCGCGAUUAUCGGCCAUCAUCAGUGUGUGUGUGAAGCGCUGGUGUUUGUUUUCCUUUUGCGGUCACCACUGUGCGCUCUUCUGGAUGGAUAGACGGAAAAGGCGUCGCAAACCGCAAACAUAACGCGAUAAUAGAAUGCUGAAUUUUGCCUACCAAGUGCUAGAAUCUUUAUAAACAGUGAAAAGUGCAAAUUUUGAUCAAGCUGUCCCUCGAUUAGUUUUCGACAAUCUUACAAGAAACAGUCAUCAUUUUACGUGGCAAAGAAAAUCAACGCUGAUGCUGUUUAUAGCCCCGAGGGAUUACACAACAAAGUCUUCAACUGUCAAAAUCAUAAAAUAAGAUCUACCAACCACUUAUAAUAACAAGCACCGGACAGCACAAUGUCAGUAAAGGUGUGUUUCGAGAUCGGCCAUGAAGCAUCAUUGAAGGCUCGUACCACUCCGGAGGGCUACACCCACGAUUGGGAACUGUUUGUGCGGGGCGUCGACGGAAGCGACAUCAGUCAUUUUGUGGAUAAAGUUGUCUUCACACUGCACGAGUCUUUUCCCAAACCCAAAAGGGUGCUUAAGGAACCUCCAUAUGUGGUGAAAGAGCAAGGUUACGCCGGAUUCAUUCUACCGAUUGAAAUCUACUUCAAAAAUAAGGGUGAUGAACCGAAGAAAAAGGCUUUUUCAUAUGAUCUGGAUUUGCAAUCCUUCAAGUUGCAGCGAGAGGAAUGUAUAAUUGCGAACCCCUCGGAUGAUUUCAAAAGAAAACUUUUGAAAGGCGGUGGCACACUAAUCAACAGCGGAAUGCCAUCUUCAGCUUCAUCGGGCGAUUACAAACGCCACAGUGGCAGUGUUAGCGGAGAGAAAACCAGCUCAUCACAAGAUAAAAAGUACAAGAAAAGUUCUGGGGACGAUUCGAAGGUACAGAGCACAUUCGCGACUUUAUUCGGUCCGCCGAUAACGAAAGGAAGCAGCAAGGUAUCGCCUGAUCCCGCUAAGCAGAGCUCUUCGUCGUCUAGUAAGACAUCACCUAGUGGGGGAGGCAGCAGUGGCAGUAGCAAAAACCAACAGGCGAGCUCGAAAGCAGACAGAUCCAGUUCAAGUUCUUCGAAAGAUAAGGAUAAAAGCGAAAAAGAUAAAACGUCCAAGCAUAAACACUCGAGUCCGAAUAAGGAAAAAGAAUCUAAAAAAUCUUCAAGUAGUGAGGAUAAACACAGCAAGGAAAAGAAAGACAAAAGUCAUUCCAAAGAACGGGACAAAACAAAAGAGAAAAGUUCGAGUUCGUCUUCUUCGUUUUCCAAGCGCCCGCCAAGUCCCAAACGGAACAGUUCGGCGACGAUCCCUGCUCCGACGAUGACCAAUAGUCCUUUGACAAAAAGGCAUUCUUCGCCUUCUGUUCCGCCUGUCGCUACGGUGGCACCAGUGUCGAAUAGUAGCACAAAACCAGAAGAAAAACCUUCUACUAAACAUAGCGGGGAAAAAGAAAAGAAGAGGGAAAAGAAAGACAAGAAAAACUACGACAAAGAUAAAGAGCGUAGCGAGAAAAAAGAUCGUGAUCAAAAGAAAGACAAAGAACACGAAAAAAGCAUCACUACUACUUCCGAUAAACCAAAAUCGGAUAUAAUUAAACCCAGUAAGUUAGACGCUGCAAAACUCGAGCAAAAGUUAUUCUCUAAAGAGAAGAAAGUUCCCGAGGAGGUGCCCAAACCAACACAUUUAGAGGUCCCUCCAGUACAGCAAGUUGUGGCGCCUCCACCGGUGCCGGAACCUACCAAGCGAGUAGAUAAACCUGAUGCUAAAGAAAAGGAUAAAGAAGAACGAAAGCACAAACACAAGAAGAAAGAUAAAUCCAAAGAUAAAGAAAAGGAACGAUCUUCUAGCAGCAAAGACAAGAAAGAAAAGAAAGACAAAGAUAAAUCGUCCAGUAGUAAGCCAAGCUUUCCUACUCCUCCUGCUAAGGAACCGGAACCUGUCGUUUCACCUAUAAAACCUGCAAAAUUAUCAGACCCAACCAAAUCUCUUCAGCAAGAACGAGAAACUCAACCUCCGCCUCCUCCUAAGACCAACCCACUGAGUUCACUAGUCGAAGAACUUAGCGGAGAAAAUAGCAGCGACUCCGAAGCAGACAGUCCUCCUUCGAUAAUUCAAGACAAAGAUUCCGAAAACUCGAACAGCAGUAUAGCCGACUUGAUAGCAGCAAGGCCACCUUCAGCAGCAUCCUCCAGCGCUUCCUCGAGUAUUAUUAAACAACCGGAACCUAGGCAUGCUCCUGAACCACCCCCAAUUAUUGAACCCUCGAAACCGGAAAAGAGUCACCAUAAGAGUAAAAAGGAAAAGGCGAAAAAUACCUCGUCCGAAGGCAAAGAAGAAAGCAAGAAGCGAAAGCGGAAAAAUAAAGAUACAGAAGGUGAAAAAGAGAAAGACAAAAAAUCUGCACCAUCCGCGGCUGUAAUCCGGAGGAGUCCCUCGCCUCCGACACCACCACCCACCCUCAUGGAACCUCCGGUAAAAAUCCCCAAGCGAGACGAUUCUUACCCCAAGCGUGCGGAAUCACCUGCAGCUGCAGCGAAUAACAACAACCACUCGAAAAUGCUUCCACCGGAAGACAUUGGCACGACCUCCUCUUAUUUCAAUAACAACAACUCUACCGCUGUACCAAUGGUUUCACCUGCACAACUUCCGCCUCCAACAUCGUCCCAGCCGAAUAUCAACAGUUCCAGUGCCACCCCGAUGACUAGUCUGUCCGGUGACUACAUGUCGGAGCUCAAGGACCUGCAGCACAAAAUCAUGACCCUGCAGGAUAAUAACGAACUGCAGCGGGUCGUGGAGAUGAUUGCCGCCACCGGAUGUUACGAGAUUACCAGUGCAACCUUCGAUUUCGACCUGUGCGCUUUGGACCGACACACCGUUCAACGAUUGCAGGACUUUUUUGCGACGUCCUGUUCGUCUUGACAGUAAGUUCCUUCCAGCUCGCUGUGUAACAAACCUUAGUUUUAGUGUGGAGUUUUAUCACUUUAGUACCACCACUCACAAACCGAAGAUUUCCUUCCGUUUUAUCAUGUUUUUUUUCUGUAGAUUAUUGUGCUUUAAUUUAUGGUUUUAUUUAUUUCCGAUACUGUUCACCGGAUCUGUUGAAAGUUUUAAAGUCAAUGACUUUCACCAUUCCCCCUGAUAUGAAUGAUUCAAAAUCUACUCGUUUAAGACAUUCAGUAGAUUAAAGUGUAAAACAUUAUGAAAAAUUGUACAAAAUAAAUAUGAUCCUACAAAAGAAUAAUCUUUCACGCAAUUCCGACUCCCAAUCGGAACGCUGCAAUGUAUGUGUUUGUCAAGUGUGAGUCGUGCGAAUGGAACUUGUGUUUGUACAUAGCAAACGGUCAUUAAUCUCCCCUUGGUUAUUACGUGUUCAAGCAGCACUGAACGUGGAGAGAGUAGUUUUUCAGUUGCAAAUCAGCAAAAUUGGGAAACAUGGGAAACCAACAGGACACAGCACAGGUGGCAUUAUUAGAUGAUAAGUGAAUGUGUAAAAGCUGUAAUCGAAUCGUAUAAUAAACGAGAGGAAGACGGAGGUGGUUAAAUGGCUGUGAGUUUCUUGGAUGGUUGACAAUUGAAAUGCUUGUUCGAAUCGCUCGAUUAGAAAAAAAAUGAUAGCUGAAAGGAUUGGUGGUUUCCCCACUGAGCCAAAUUCAUUAUCCAAGGAAGUCUCAAAGAACAGGUAUCUGCAGAGGUUCUCUCAUUUUUUCGAAAUAUUAUUCCAAAUUCCAAGCAACCUCUAGGCACUACCGCAGAGAUUCACACGGAAAUUUCUGGAAGGCAUUUUUGUAGUUGUGGAACAUCUGACCUCUCUUCCACAAACGAAAAAAA